AUGGCUCCUCCUCAAUUUACUAACUCAAACGGUCAACCAAUCCCAGAACCUUUUGCUACUCAAAGAGUAGGUCAACAUGGUCCUUUAUUAUUACAAGAUUUUAAUUUAAUUGAUUCUUUAGCUCAUUUUGAUAGAGAAAGAAUUCCUGAAAGAGUUGUUCAUGCUAAAGGUUCAGGUGCUUAUGGUGUCUUUGAAGUUACUGAUGAUAUCACUGAUAUUGUUGGUUCUGCCUUUUUAGAUACUGUUGGUAAGAAGACCAGAAUUUUUACUAGAUUCUCAACUGUUGGUGGUGAAGCUGGUUCUGCUGAUACUGCAAGAGAUCCAAGAGGUUUUGCUACUAAAUUCUAUACUGAAGAAGGUAAUUUAGAUUUAGUCUAUAAUAAUACCCCAGUUUUCUUCAUUAGAGAUCCAUCAAAGUUUCCUCAUUUUAUUCACACCCAAAAGAGAAAUCCAGAAACUCACUUAAAGGAUGCUAAUAUGUUUUGGGAUUAUUUAACUUCUAACCCUGAAUCUGUCCACCAAGUUUCAAUUUUAUUCUCUGAUCGUGGUACUCCAGCUUCAUACCGUGAAAUGAAUGGUUAUUCUGGUCACACUUAUAAAUGGUCUAACAAGAAGGGUGAAUGGCAUUACGUUCAAGUUCAUUUCAUUAGUGACCAAGGUAUUAAGACUUUAAAUAAUGAAGAAGCUGGUGCUUUAGCUGGUUCUAACCCAGAUUAUGCUCAAGAAGAUUUAUUCAAGAAUAUUGCUGCUGGUAACUUCCCAUCAUGGACUGCCUAUGUUCAAACUAUGACUGCUGAACAAGCUAAAGCUGCUCCAUUCUCAGUUUUCGAUUUAACUAAAGUCUGGCCACAUGGUGAUUACCCAUUAAGAAGAUUUGGUAAAUUUACCCUUAAUGAAAACCCAAAGAAUUAUUUUGCUGAAGUUGAACAAGCUGCUUUCUCCCCAGCUCAUACUGUCCCAUACAUGGAACCAUCUGCUGAUCCAGUAUUGCAAUCUAGAUUGUUCUCUUAUUCUGAUACUCACAGACACAGAUUAGGCGCUAACUACACUCAAAUUCCUGUUAAUUGUCCAGUUACUGGUAGAGUCUAUAACCCUCACAUGAGAGACGGUGCUAUGAAUGUCAAUGGUAAUUUAGGGGCUACUCCAAAUUACUUGGCUACUUCUAACCCAAUUGAAUUCAGAGAAUAUGCUCUUCAAGAAGAUCAAGAAGUUUGGCAUGGUGCUGCUACUCCAUUCCACUGGAAGGCUACUGAUGAUGAAUGGAAACAAGCUACUGCUUUAUAUAAUGUCUUGAAGAAAUAUCCAAACCAACAAGCUCAUUUGGCUCAUAAUGUUGCUGUGCAUGUUUCUGCUGCUGAUGCUUCUAUUCAAGAUAGAGUUUUUGAAUAUUUCACUAAAGUUCAUCCAGAAUUAGGUGCUGCCAUCAGAAAGGAAACUUUGGAAUUAUCUCCAAGAAAAUAA